AUGGGCGUCACUAUCGAGACUCUUACCCCCGGCGACACCAAGAACUUCCCUCAGAAAGGCGAUAAGGUGACGAUACACUACGUUGGGACUCUCACCGAUGGUACCAAGUUUGAUUCGAGUCGGGAUCGAGGCGAGCCAUUCGUGACUGAGAUUGGAGUAGGAAAGGUCAUCAAGGGAUGGGAUGAGGGUGUCCCCCAAUUGUCCCUCGGACAGAAGGCUGUCUUGAUUGCGACACCCGACUAUGCGUACGGAAGUCGCGGAUUCCACCCCAUUAUCCCACCGAAUUCCACUCUCCGUUUCGAAGUCGAGCUUUUGAAGAUUAACUGA